CGGGAAGUGUCAACGAACACGGACAAGGGUGCAGCCAGCCACGAGCAGGCAUCAUCGUGUGUUUGUCAUCGCGCGAAUGAUCCUUGCCCAUGAAAGCUCUACGUGAGAUUUGGGUGGGGAGAGAGGCAGCGGACAGACACAAAGAUAGAUAGGCGCUGUGCUGUGUGGCUGUGGUGGCAGCGAUGCCAUUCAUUGUGCUGGCUCGUUAACACAAUCGUGAUUGACUGGUUUCAACAUCCCAUCCUGGUGUUGUGCUGUGGUUGAAAAACGUGUCACGUUUCUGCAGAGCAUUCGUGUCUGUCUCCUUCCGUAAACAUCCGUCAGGCACUUCACAAGGAAAGCGCACACACACGCAUGCACAUGCAUCGGGAGCACCCAUCCCGCCAUUAGUGGUGGCCUCCCAGUGUUGUUCUCAUCCCACAGCCUUGGUGUGGUGACUUACAAAGCGUGUGGCUACUCAGUCAUCACUCAUGGGCGUCAGGGCAGUCGCGAACGGUUCGCAAAUCAGCUUCCUUUCCUCUGCUGUCCGUCUGUCCACUUACUUAUCUGUCUGUCCUUCAGUACCUGCCGCUACAGCAGCUAUGCAUGUCAGUCAGUAAGUUUGGUACACCUACAUAACUACCUCCCUCCCUCCCUCGCUCUGUAUGUAACCUACAAAGUGACGCUAGCUAAGCACUUACACACCCCUCCCUCCCCCUUGCUGCUGUGUCUGUCACCCCUCCCCACCCCCGUCCCCGUCAGGUUCCCUUUGUGGCGUCAUCGAGGUACUUGGAGGCCCUCCCCAGCGCGUCGCAGACGCCAGCGAAGGUUUUCUCGGCGAUGGAACUGUAGGCCACUUUGUCCUCGCCCGAAGCCGUCCGGUAGCGGACGAUGAAGGCCCUGAGGUCCACCCGCCACUCGAUGGGGUGCUGGAUGCGCGCCGAUAUCUUGUCCUUGUUAGUCAGGUUGGCCACACUCAGCAUCAUCUGCGCUACGUGGCUCACACCUGCAUCGUCCAGCUCGCGAUUGGGGUUGGUCUCCGCCGACCCGCCCGGCAGCAUCCCAGACAAAGCCGCAGCGGCGUCAAGACCUGAAGGAAGCAUUGACAGGAACCGAUUCGAUCGACAGCAGAUGACAGCACAGCAGUCAUGUGUGUGUGUGUGUGUGUGUGUGCCUUUCUCACUCUCACCGUGUAUGUUGGGCUGUCCGUUUGGCAGCAGACCUCUCUCGCCAUCGUCCACCAUGCCGUUGGCAUCCCCAGCCAAAGCAGCACCCAUCGGACCCUGUCGAUGCAUCCCACCGCCGAAUGUCGGGCCACCCCCACCGCCAGCCGCUGCUGUUGUUGCUGCCGCUGCUGCUGCCGCUGCUGGUGGUGGUGCCGCUGGUUCGGCAGCCGCAUGGCCAUCUGCUGUUUGUGAGGGGAGAGGGAGGUGGGGCGGAUGGGGCCGGGGGGAAAAGGGGCGUGCUGCAGUGUUGAGGGCGGCGGACGGCGGUGUGUCGAGCCUGGCGGCCAUGACGCACUCCAUGACUGCUGACGUGACACCAUCGACCUCUGCCGACGGGUCAGAGUGGACCAUGGCCUCCCGGCCGAUGCCCUCGAGCUCAUCCAGCUGUGUGUCGCGGAAGGCCGCGGCGGCGUUGAGGGCUCUCUGGACGGCCUGGACGGUCUUGUAUGCGACUCUGAAGAGCCGGCGUUGGGGCGAGGGGUGGAUGGCCACCCACACACGGAAGUGGCCCCACAGGCGGCUGGGCGUCCCUCCCUCCCACUCGAUGAAGGUGUACUUGCCGCGCCACAGCUGGUCCACGGGAUGGCUGCCCGGCUGCUGCUGCUGCUGCCGAUGGGUGUGGUGGUGCAUGUCCUGUGCCCUGAGCCGGUCCAGCAGUGUGUGGGCGAUGUGCGUGAUGGCCGCCUGUGAGCCCGCCACGGUCGUGAGGUCAUAGCCCGCCACCGAAUGGUCCAGACUCAUGUCGGACGCAUCCACCGACACACCUGAACACGACAUCAGACAUCAUAAGAUGACACGAGACGCAUUCAUCACCAUCACCUAAUCGAUGUGUCUGUCUGUUCGUUUCUGUAUGUAUGUGUGUGCGUCUGUCCGACUGACUCACUUGGCCUUGCAGCGCCGUCUUCUGUGGGCCCGUGUGGUGUGCGGCUCCUCUUGCUGCCCACCCCACCUGCCUGUCGCCUCAUGUCGGCCUCCCUUUGCCGCAUCAUAGCGUGCAGCCGCGCCACCCCAUCGGCGUUGAACCGCCUCUUGAGGGCCGCCAUGCACUGCUGACCGCCCUGGUGCUGGCACCCACGCACCUCGUCGAGCGCGUCACUGGCCGUCUGGAGGGUGAAGAGCGGCAUGAGGCAGUUGCGGACGUCGACCGCGGCCUCGAAUGCGCUCAUGACGGAUGCGUGUGUGGCGGUGAGGGGCACUUUGAAGCAGAAUGGGGCGCGGAAUACGUGUGAGAUGGACUCGUGAGUGAAGGUGAGGUCGGAUGGCAGCAGCAGCAUGAAGGCCGUGACCGACUGGGAGUCCUGGUCGAUCUCCCCGGUGUUGAUCCAUGAGUCGGGGUACUUGAUGCGCAGCUGGCUGUCGUACAUCUGCAGGUCGCCCAUGAUCUCACGGGCAAAGUCCAGCGUCUCGGCGGGCGACAGGGCUGAACGAAACAGACAGACAAGCACGAGAAAGCAUCAAUCUCACGUCGAUUGAUUUGAUGCCUUCCUUUGUUUGUCUUGUCUCUGUCUGUCAACUGACCUUGUGCGCCUUUGCGUGUGAGAUGCCUCCUGCACUGGUCGGCCCGGUGCCGGUUGGUGGCUUCGACGGUGUCCAUGGCGGCCUGGACACAUAUCCGCACCUGCUCGGCCUCCUCGGCAAUAGUCGACAUGGCCAUCUGCACCAUGCCCUGACCGUCGACCGCCACCCGAUACCUCGCCCUCACGGCAGCCAUGGCACCCUCAGCACGCUUCUUGUGCUUGGCCAGCCACGCCACCAUGGCCACACGCAGCGCCGCCAGAAGGCUCUCGAGUGUGCUGUCUCGCGGGGGGAAUGUCUGUGCGGUGAUUUCGUCUCGGAAGUGUCUGGGGGCGGGGUCCCAUGUGAUGAAGCCGCCCAGGGGGCCGGCGGCCGACAGCUGGUUUAAGAGGGCCGACAGCAGCUGGACGGCGUAGUGCUGCUGCUCCCGCGUGCUCAGCACCGACGACUUGUCGAUGAAGGUGAAAUACUCUGCGGUGCAGACAGAAACAAUACAAACAGCGGAGGAUUCACACAACACACAGCUGCCUGGAGGGAUGGAUUCUCGCUCACCUUUGGGUCUGGCAUCUUGCUGUUCGUCCUUCUGUGCCCCGCUGCUGUCCUGCCUCCGACUCGUCAGCGCCCGAGCGGCCUCCCUGUUCCAGCAGUCGACAGCCGACUGCAGCGCCCUCGCCAAGCACCUCACCGUGCCGCACUUGACGGCCAAGUGGUGCCGCUUCUUGCGGAUGGUGCUCUGGGGAUUGAGGGAAGUCACGACGCGGAAGUAGUUGCCCUCCGCCUGCCAUGAGAUGCCCGCGGCCUCCUGCUGGUCGGGAUGGGGCUCGUCCCUUGACGACUGGGGGCUGUCGCCGUCGGCCGCGGGGAUGGGGCUGGGGCUGCUGCGUGAUCCCCCGCCCUGUUCACGCCUCGUCUGACACACACAGACGGACAGACGCGAGAAGUGUGUGUCCAUCCAUCCAUGAAUCGAAGGGGGUAUGGUAUGCUCACUUACCGUCGUGUCUGCAGGGGCGCCGAGCCCUGGGUGUUUGACGAGGACGUCGCCCUCCCCAAGCCGCUCCAGCGCUUUCUUGGCGAUGGCCGCCAUCUCCUGGCCAUCCCCUAUCCACGUCUUGACCGCCUGACGGCCGCCGUCGACAUGGUCAAACACCCCGAGCAGCAUCAGGGUGUUGCCGAAGAACCGCCCCUCAUCGGCCACACACCGAUCCAGCUCGCUCCGUGCGUCCUCGAGCACCUCGGUGAGGACACUGCUGAUAUUGUCGUUGGAUAUGUCGCGGCCCCGCCAGCCGAGCUGCUCGAAGAGGGCGUUGCGCAUCUGGGUGGCCUCGUAGAGGGUCGUCAGCACCGUCUCCACCUGCUGCUGGGAGAGCGAUCGGAGGCCAGGCAUCGUGUGGGAGUGACCGCUCGUCUGGACUCGGAAGCGGCCCACGUCGCCCGCCCAGUGGAUGGACAGCUCGCGCCUUCCGGCCUCCCACUCUUGCCUGGGUAGGCCGUUGGCCGUGUCGCCAUUGCCCGAUGCAGGGGCAGCAGCCGCUGCUGCAGCCGCUGCUGACGGUGGUGGUGGUGGUGCAAGUGCCGUGUCGUUGUCGAUGUCGAUAUCCACGGCCACGUCGGGGGUGUCCUGCUGUUCGUCAUCAGUGUCCAUUUCCUCCUCGUGCAUCGUCUUGAGCCGAUCGACGACCAUCCGGCCAAGGGCAUCCAGCUGAGAGAGGUCCAGAGGGCGGCUGGAGGGGGGCACCGCGGCCACACCUGACCAUCACGACAAAGCACAAAGUAGCAAACCAUCCACCCGUACAAGUGCGCGCGACAUGCCCAGUGGCUCGAAUCGUACCCUCGGUUGUGCAUGCGGCGUUUGCGAGUCCUCCCUCGGCUCUCAGCCCCAGCCGGUCGCGCACCGUCAGCUCCUCCACACGCAGCCGAUCGCGGAACACAAACGCCGCACUCACCGCCUGCUGCAGUGUCGCCGGCGAGAGGUACUGCACCGACAGCUCAUAGCACUCCUGCUGCCUGGCCGCCUCCCCAAAGCGCCAGGCAAGCGGCAUGAACUCCCACAGCUCGCUCUCCACCCGCACGUGCGGAUCUCUGGCGAUCCGCAGGACCACCCCGCCCCUCCCUGCUUCAGGGGACCUGACCGAGAUCUCACGGUGCCUGCCGUGGGCGACCCACACUGUGCGGCGGUUCUCCGCCCGCCUCGCACGCAGCAGCUUCUUGAUGUACACACGCGCCGAGUCGAUGGAGACGAUGCCGUCUGAGUGCGUCACAGCCUGGUAGUAGCCGGCUGAUUGCGAGGGGGGAAAGGGCAAGGGAGCGGCUCCCGCACGGACACUGGUGGAUGUGGGACCUGCCGUGAUGGCGUCACGCGCGGAUGACGAUGCAACAUCAAUCUCGUCCAGGCCGUUCGGAGGCGUGGCGCUCCGGCCACUCAUGUGCCGCUUGGACGGUCGGGUGCCAUCCGCUGCUGGAGGCUGCACUCGAGGGAAUGGAUGCCGCGGGGGUGCUUGGCGGUUAGAAUGAGUCGGGCCUGGGAACAUGAUGUCACUCAACCGAACCCCGCACUCGUUGAUUGACGCCCAGAUCUUCACAAAUGGAUCACGACAUCCACAUCACAGCCACGAUGAGGCCAUGUGAGGGAAGCGGC